GGAGGGCGAUCGACAGACGCCCUCGUUCCAGCCAAUCAGGUCGCGCGCCAGCACAUGGCCCUUUCCCAAAGAAGUGAUGAAGCCCGUUCAUGUAAGUGACGUGACGCAGGUACUUCAUGGACAGCUGUUAAAGUGGACGGUCUGCAUUUAUCAGCAAGAGAUCUACUGAGGAAUCAUGCCUUCGGUUCCAUCCAACAAAGAGAACGACAGUCCUGCCUGUCCUUUCUCUGGCAAGAAGAGCACUGGCAGGAACGGUGUUGAGAAGCUGGUUCCAGAAAGUGUGGAGCGAUCCCCGCAGCAGAUUAAAGAAACUGGGGCUGCUGAACCGAAAUGGAUUCGUCCUGACCUGCCAAGCAGAUGUACCUGGAAACCAGGAAUGUCUUUUGAUAAUUCCCCUCACAAACACUUCCCCAGGACAAAAUCUGAGAACAUUCUUCCCAACAUCCUGGACAGGAUUGGAGAUACACCACUGGUCCGCAUAAACAAGAUCUCUAAGACUUUUGGACUAAAGUGUGAACUUUUGGCCAAGUGUGAGUUCUUUAACGCCGGUGGCAGCGUGAAGGACCGUAUCAGUCUGCGUAUGGUGGAGGACGCUGAGAGGGAAGGCCUCCUCAAACCUGGAGACACCAUCAUAGAGCCCACCUCUGGAAACACAGGUAUUGGUCUUGCAUUGGCUGCAGCGGUGAAGGGAUAUCGCUGCAUAAUUGUUAUGCCUGAGAAAAUGAGCAUGGAAAAGGUUGAUGUCCUGAGAGCUUUAGGUGCUGAGAUCGUCCGGACUCCCACCAGCGCACGCUUUGAUUCUCCCGAGUCCCACGUGGGUGUGGCCUGGCGCUUGAAGAAUGAGAUUCCUAACUCACACAUCCUGGACCAGUACCGCAAUCCCAGCAACCCACUGGCUCAUUAUGACACCACUGCCGAGGAGAUCCUGGAGCAGUGUGAUGGUAAAUUGGAUAUGCUGGUGGCAGGAGCCGGCACAGGUGGCACUAUUACCGGCAUCGCUCGCAAACUGAAGGAGAAAUGCCCAAAUAUCAAGAUCGUAGCGGUGGACCCAGAGGGAUCGAUCCUCGCAGAACCUGAAGAGCUGAACCGGACUGAUAAGACCCAGUACGAGGUGGAGGGCAUCGGAUAUGACUUCAUCCCCACCGUCCUGGAUCGAUCUUUGGUUGACAAAUGGUACAAAUCCAACGAUGAGGAAUCGUUCUCCAUUGCCCGAAUGCUUAUUAGAGAUGAAGGGCUGUUAUGCGGUGGGAGCUCAGGAAGUGCCAUGGCGGCUGCGGUGAAGCUGGCCAAAGAUCUGAAGGAGGGACAGCGCUGUGUCGUGAUUCUGCCUGACUCCAUUCGUAACUACAUGUCCAAGUUCUUGAGUGAUAAGUGGAUGUUCCAGAAGGGCUUUCUGAGGGUGGAAGAUAUCAUGGUGAAUAAACCCUGGUGGUGGAAUCUGAAAUUACAGAGUCUAAACCUGUCUGCUCCACUAACUGUGCUGCCUACAGUCACAUGUCAAAAAACCAUCAAAAUCCUGAAAGAAAAGGGCUUUGACCAGGCUCCGGUCGUAGAUGAAGCUGGGCUGAUUCUGGGAAUGGUGACCCUGGGAAACAUGCUUGCCUCUGUGCUUGCGGGAAAGGUCAAGCCCUCUGACCCAGUUAGCAAAGUGCUCUACAAACAGUUCAAGCAGAUUCGACUGACUGACAAUCUGGGGAAGCUGUCCCGGAUCUUAGAAACGGAUCAUUUUGCCCUGGUGGUCCAUGAGCAGAUACAGUAUCUGACAGAUGGAUCUUCCACUCAAAAGCAAAUGGUGUUUGGAGUGGUGACGGCUAUCGAUCUCCUCAACUUUGUGACAGCCCGAGAGAAAAGAGAGAGAUCCGUGUCAGAAUCAACGGAUGACUACUGAAAGCUUCAGAGCACUUCCUGCCUCAAUCUCAAAGCGAUGCACUACAAACAAUCGAAAUAGUUACAGUUAAAACCGCUGUGACACCUAAAUUUGGGCAGUAGCGUAUACGGUUUCUUUGCCAAUAAUUAUGUAAAUGUUUACAAACGUUAUUAACAAAUGAUCUUUAAAAGCAAAGCAGGAUCUAAAAUGAUGUUUUGACCAAUCAUUUAUGUCACUGGAUAUAAAUAGGUGCUACUGCCCAUAGAUGUGUAUCUUGCAUUGUGUUGUCCCAAAGCUAUUUGUUUUAGUCAAUAUGACAAUCAGUGUGGUUUGUUUUCCUGUGUUGGUGCUGACAAAAAAAAAAUCAGUGUCUCACUGUAUGUAAGUGUCAUCUGUCACAAAAAAAGAAAAAGUGAUUGCACUUGGCAUUUUCAUUUUGAUUGCUUAAUGUGAGAAAUAUUUGACACGUCACCACCUGUAAUUGUGCAGAACCAGCUGAUACACCUCUUUUGUUGAGGUAGAAGUUGUCUAGAAGCAAGGUUGUCCAAUACUUCUUCCUGCAGAAUUUAAUUUCAAUGCAACGGACGUUUUGUGUUUUUCUUAACCUUGAUUAGCUGGUUCAGGCGUGUUUAAUUGGGGCUAGAACUAAACUUAGCUUGAAAGUGGCCCUCAAGAAGCCGGUCAAGUGUCGGUGUAGUUCGAAGAAUUAGUUUACCAGCACGACUGUUGAAAAGUGUUUCUGAAUUUGCUUUCAUUACUCUAGCUACUCAUUUUUUAAAAUCCUAUCCUCACUGAGUUUGUAAACGACAUCUAGACUGGGUUUUUCGACAAUGAUGAUGUAUGCAAGAUACUAAUGUUUCCACCUUCUUAACUUACGCUCUUGUAAUAGUUACGUUCACGCUGCAGUCCACCGAGAAAAAGGUUCCAACGAAAGCUGCUGACUGAGCUGAAACCUGGCCAAAGAUUAAACCACCCAUCCGGUGGCCUGGUCACCCGUCCUCACUACUGGCUCAGCUGGGGUCUGUUUGCCAAGGCUGUUGAGUCUGUGGUGUGGAAAAAGGGCCUUGCUGGUGGUUUAGAGUUAAGCCUCACCAGCGUGCCAGGUGAAGCCCCCAGGAUUACACUAAUGCUGCCGCACGGACCAGAGAGGAAGUUAUUAUGUCUGCCAUCAGAGUUAUGGCUUCAGAGCUACACUGGUCAGAUUGAUAGAUGAGUUAAAUACUCAGUACACAGUGUAUCGGUGCACUUCUGUAUAUGAUAUAAAACUAAUCACGUGAGAUUUAGAACACCUUGUGAAGCUAUAUUGAGUAGUUUCUAUGGUUAUUCAUUCUCUGGUCAAAUCACUGAUCAGCUGUAGAGACCAAAACCUAGAAACAAAAACUUUUGUCACGAGUUGUCUGGGAAUUACGACGUGGCGGAAAGGCAGCUAACCUGCGUGUUGGAAUAUAUGACCUAAAUAAGACUUUUCACCGUGUAUCGUCUUCUCAACAAGUUUGUUCUGACCAACCGAGGGAAAAGUCAAUAAAUCGCUCUACCGAUGGAGAUUUAAUCUAACGACCGAUUAGCUCGUAUCCCAUCAAACCACGCAAAUUAUUGUUAUUGAUGUUAACAGCAUCAGCAUUGCACGAAUACUAUUAUAGUGUGUAUUAGCUUGUAGAUUUCAAUUCACGUACAGUAAUAGUCACUCUAUUCAGAUUUCCUAUUAAGAAAUGAUUUUAACCCCAAACUAUGCUCGCUCCUAACUGGUUGUCUUUUAAAUACAAGGCCUUUGUAAUCUCAGGCUGUCUGUAAUCAGAAGCACAUUUAAAACUGGAAUAAAAUAUCAUUUAAUUUUA